AGGUUUACACUUCGCCUCUAAACCCUAGUUUCGUGGCGGUUAGAAGAAAUUGUUGAUCGUAUCAGGUUACAAACGAUGGAUAGAGAUCCUUCGUUCUUAUUCUCAGGAAUCACAUUCAACCGGAAGAAAUUCUCCGCUGAUUUUGCUCGAUUCAAGGAAUUAAAGAAAAGUGAUGAUUCUGAAGAGACAUUGGUUGAAAACAAAAGGCCGGAGGUGGAGGCAGUAGAAAAGCCUGUUAAAAAGAAGAAGAGAAAGGCAGCUGUUUCAGACCCUGUAGAAGGAUUUAACGUUUUCAAGAAAUCAAAGGCGGAACCGGUUCUUGAAGAGGAUGAAGAAACUGAAAAAACAACUCAAGGGAAGAAAGAACUAUAUAGACAAAUGGAGAGGGAUGCAAUUUUUCGUAAAAAGCAUAACAUACAUACAUCUGGAAGUAAUAUCCCAUCACCUCUUCAAGAUUUUUCUGAGUUGAAAUCAAGAUAUGAAUGUAGACCGUAUAUAUUGCGUAAUUUAGCAGAACUUGGAAUCAAAGAGCCAACACCGAUUCAAAUGCAGGCUAUUCCGAUACUCUUAUCUGGAAGGGAAUGUUUUGCAUGUGCUCCAACUGGUUCCGGAAAAACAUUGGCUUUUGUUUGUCCUAUGCUUAUGAAACUAAAGCGUGCUUCAAAGGAUGGUGUUCGUGCCGUAAUUAUUUGCCCUACACGAGAACUAGCUUCCCAGACAUAUAGAGAAUGCAAAAAACUGGCAAAAGGAAAGAAAUUUUAUAUAAAGUUGAUGACUAAACAGCUUGUUAACACUGCUGAGUUUUCAAAAGUUCCUUGUGAUAUUCUCAUAUCUACACCACUUCGUUUAAAAUUUGCAAUCACCAAGAGGAAGCUUGAUCUAAGCAGGGUUGAAUAUCUUGUUUUGGACGAAUCUGAUAAGCUUUUCGAGCUCGGUUUACUAAAACAAGUUGACGCAGUUGUAAAAGCAUGUUCAAAUCCUUCAAUUAUCCGUUCACUAUUUAGUGCUACUUUACCUGAUACAGUUGAAGAACUUGCGCGUACUAUAAUGCAUGAUGCUGUUCGUGUCAUCAUUGGCAGGAAGAAUUCUGCUUCGGAGUCAAUAAAACAAAAGUUAGUAUUUGUUGGUAGUGAAGAAGGAAAGCUUAUUGCUCUUCGUCAAACUUUCCAAGAGAGUUUGAAUCCACCCGUGCUGGUUUUUGUCCAAAACAAAGAAAGGGCAAAGAAUCUUUACGAGGAGUUGAAGUUUAGUGACAUUAGAGUUGAUGUAAUACAUUCUGAUCUACCUCAAUUACAGCGAGAGAAUGCUAUUGAUAACUUUAGAGCUGGUAAAACAUGGGUUUUAAUUGCGACUGACGUGAUUGCUCGUGGAAUGGAUUUCAAAGGGGUGAAUUGCGUUAUCAACUACGAUUUUCCCGAUUCAUCUUCAGCGUACAUUCACAGGAUCGGUCGGUCUGGGAGAGCAGGUAGGAGUGGGGAGGCGGUUACGUUUUACACAGAAGCCGAUGUUCGGUACUUGAAAAACAUAGCAAAUGUAAUGAAAGCUUCUGGUUGUGAAGUCCCUGAAUGGAUGUUAUCAUUGCCAAAACUUAAGUGGAGGAAACAUAGGCCAAAAAGAGAGUUUAAGUAAGGCACAGGAUGAAUAAGUAUACAGCUUAUUUUAUGAAAACUCAGUUUUGGUUGUGGUACCCGUUUGGAUUAUUUUUAGUAUUUUUGAGCUCAACUACACAACUCUUGUAACCUAAGUUUAUUUUGUUUGGUAUCAAAUACGGUAUGUUAUCUGGUCGAAAACCUUACAUUUGUAAUCUGUCCAAAAAACAUCAAGAGAACAAGUGUAACCAAAACUUUUUAGUUGCGGUUUAUUCGAUCCAACUACUGUAUUAGUGACAA